CUGUACUGUACUGCAACAGGUGAGUCAAUAUAUAAUUUGAUCAUUGCUUCAGUUUCAACGAAUGAAUCACUUUCAGGAUUAUAUUCGACUAACAAUGAUACUCUGUUACAGGUCAUCUAGCUACCCCAAGAAUGACACUUCAGACUGUCACUUGGAUGAGCGCCUUCCUCUGCCUCGCACAAGUUUGCUCCAUGCCCAUGCCUUGCCAGCUACAAGGACAGCUGGUGCGAAUAACCCACAACCUACUGAGAGACAUGGGGGGUCAUUUUCCUCUGGAGUGCAUGCAGGAUAAUAAUGUCUUCAUAGCAUUCCCAGCCACUGCUUUCACAACGUUCGGCGCGCCACAGUUGAGCAGCAGUGGUGCUAUGGCUAUUUAUGAGACAUUGAAGAACAUCGACACAUUGUUUGGAGCUGACGACCUGCCUACUAAGUGGGACCAACGGAAGUUGGAGAAUUUUCUGAAUAUUGUAUACCGCCAGAUUGAAGAGAGUAAAUGUAUGAUGGGGAGCGUGAAUACAUGUGAUUAUCUAGUCAGGGCAAAGGUGCUGAAGACAUAUUUCAGGAAAAUCGCAGCUGUCCUAAAUGAAAAAGUAGGGUACAAGCAAAUACAGUAUAAUGGAAAUCCCUGUUUUGGUAAUAUCUCUAUGAAUAUUAGCCUACAUAUCCCGAACAGUUCAUUUGUAUUUUCACAGAAUUUCAGUUACUGCGCCUGGGAAGUGGUUCGAAAAGAGCUCCUGUACAGCCUACAGUUCAUUCUGGAACACAACUCUGAUAGCCUUCUGUGGGCCAACAGAACAUGAAUUUGAACUUGUAGAACUGAUUUACAUACUGUACUUGAUUUUGAUAGCCUACCAUUCUACAAUUAUGUUAUAUGCAAUGUGAAACUGCAAUUUAAGGCAUUAAUGAUUUUAUCUAUCAAAGUUAUAUAUUUAUUUGAAAAUUGUGCAUACUGUUGCUGUCACGUAAAUACACAUGUUUUAUACUUUUAAA